AUUGAUGGUGGCGAGCGUAACUGUGGAGUGCAUGAGCUGAUCUGCGUCAGAAAAGUUUCUCCAGAGGUGCUGGGGUUUCUGACCGCCAUCGGACUCUUCAUCAUCCUCAUGACCCUCCUGUUCUGGUACCUCAACAACAAGUUGACACUAGAGAGCACAGGGAGCCUUCAGUGCCUUGAUGAUUUCAGGAAAAACUCAGAGCUAAAAGACAAGGCCUACUCCGACGCCGACCUGCAGGGCUCAUCGUCGGACAGCGAGGAUGAGCUGAUGGGUCAGUAUCAGGAGGCGGUCAGCCGCUCGCAAGGCCUGAGGGGAGGAGCCAAGGCGGCUUCCGCCGCCAAACACUCGGCAGGGUUCAGCUGGGAGAGCCGGCAGAAGUACAGCCCUCUGACUGCUGAUUAUGACGGAUACAGCAGCGACGCCUCGGCCGACGACGCCAACUGCAUCCAGAGGAUGAGACGAACGCCACCACUGGAUGAGCUUCAGCCUCCGCCUUAUCAGGAUGAGAAUGGUUCUCCGAGGAUGUCCUGCACUCUGUCAGACCUGGGCGACGCAAAGUGUGAUUUUUCCCACACCAGUGGCAGUCCCCACCUUUCUUUUGGCAAGUGUCCCAGUGAAGGCAGUGACGGCCCUGAGACUGAGAGUUACCUCAACAAAGGCUAUGAGGAGGACGUACCCAGUGACAGUACAGCUGUCCUCAGCCCAGAGGAUAUGUCAGCCCGUGGAUCAGCUGCACAACUCCCUAAAGGCUAUGAACCAGAUCCUGUCGCAAAGUACGGCACCCUGGACAUUGUAUUUGACUAUGACUCUGAGGAUCAGCAUCUGGCCGUGACCAUCAUGGCAGUAACAGACCUUCCUCCCGUCAAACGCACCGGUAACAUCUCCUGGCAAGUCCACCUAGUGCUUCUGCCCACCAAGAAACAGAGGGCGAAAACAGGCAUCCAGAGAGGCCCGUGCCCCAUCUUCACCGAGACCUUCCACUUCAGCCACGUCGAGUCGGAGAUGAUCAGCAAUUACGCCAUCCGAUUCCGUCUUUACAGCAUGCGACGGAUGAAGAAGGAGAAGGUGCUCGGGGAGAAGGUGUUCUACCUCACCAAGCUCAACCUUCAGGGCAAAAUGUCUGUGCCGGUCAUAUUAGACCCAUGCUGUGCACUCCCGGGUGCUGAGUCCCAGGUCAGCCUCUCAGAUAUGACGUGCAGUGAGAGCGCCUCGUCGUUCCAGUCUGUCAGUCAGGCUUCCACACCAGAGAUCCUCGUGGGCCUGGUGUACAACGCCACAACAGGACGUCUCUCUGUGGAAGUCAUCAAAGGCAUCCAUUUCAAAAACCUGGCAGCUAACAAGCCACCCAACGGGCUGUUCUGUUGUCUAAAACACUUGAUAGGUGGACAGGUUUAUAUUAUCAGAGAUACGUACGUUAAGCUGACCUUACUCAACUCCAUGGGCCACGAGAUGUCCAAGUGUAAGACCUCCAUCUGCCGCGGUCAACCCAACCCGACCUACAAAGAGACGUUUGUCUUCCAGGUGGCUCUUUUCCAGCUAUCGGACGUCACGCUCAUCCUCUCCGUCUACAACAAGCGCAGCAUGAAGCGUAAAGAGAUGAUUGGUUGGAUUUCUCUAGGCCUCAACAGCUCUGGGGAAGAGGAGCUCACUCACUGGACUCAGAUGAAAGAGUCUAAAGGACAGCAGGUUUGCCGCUGGCACAGUUUGCUGGAGUCCUAACAGUAAAGGACGAGUAAGUCGAGAAAGUGUGUGAGGAUAACUGCGCUGAGCAGUUGUCAUCUGAGCUGGACAAGAAAUGGAUGAGUUCAGCUGGGAAAGAGGAUUGUGACCGUUGUCCAGUGAAUGGGGUCAGUGGUGAUGUGGAACGAUAGAACCGCAGAAUGUUUCUGCUCUCAGAGUUGUUCAUCUUACCAUGGCAUUUUCAUGGGUCUUUUGGCAAAUGUCUUAUGUUUAUGGGUUGUCCUUCAACGGCAAUCCUGUAAAUGACACUUUUUUGGUCUGAUGAAUGGGUGGAGCUAGGGCCACCUCCAAGAAGAACGUUCUGGGUAACAGCAUCGAGUGAAUCAUCAGCAGAUAGUUUUGUGUGCACAAACCUCUGGCUCAAGCAACAGAUGAGAAGUUUCUUUGAAGUUCAAUCAUAAAUGUUAAUAUUAAUCACAAAUAUAAUAUGAACUUAUGUUUGGGGUCUCUACCUACGUAGAACAAAUGCGUGUUCCAAAUUCAGUUUUUAUCAAGAUAGCUCCUAAAGCUUAAUUUAGGUGAGCUGUAGGUAUGCCCUAGGUAGGCCCUAGGCUUUCUGUAGGUACACCAUAGGUAUGCCUUAGGUGACUCGUAGGUAUGCCCUAGGUACCCAUAGGCUUGCUGUAGGAACACCGUAGGUAUGCCUUAGAUAUGUCGGAGGUAUGCCCUAGGUAUCCAGUAGGUUUGCUGUAGGUACACCAUAGGUAUUUUGUGUGUACAUCGUAGGUAUAGGUAGGUGCACCCCCUACACCAUAGCCUGGUGUACACCUCCUUAGAAAUGUACCUUGGUAACACAACUUGGAGGUAUUUUUCUGUAUACAUGAAUAAUAGGGGCUAGAUUUCACCAGUGAUCCAUCUUCCAUGGGAAGUCAUUUGUAGCUUUUCUAUUAUGUUGAACACAAUGUUCAAAAUAUAAAAUAACCUUCUGGUGAGAACAAAAAUAUUAAUUUCUGCAGAACUCACCCUCAAAGUCUCUGAAGCAAAAAAUGCUUUUGGAAAGUCCAACCUUUGUAUGGCAUCAUAUCACUUUCCUGCUUAGUUUGAAUUUGAAUUUCUCCAGACGUCUGUUGUUUAGGCCAGAGGUGUGAGUAUGCAGAAUUAUCGUCACUGCUCAUGGUAACUCUACUGACCGCCAAUCAGAUCAUUGUUUUGGAGCUGGAAACAUUCAAUGAACCAGUCCUUCUGUCCAGGAAAACAGAAGCGGGGGUUUCAUAAAUUGAAUGUUGAUGCUGUUAUGGUCAAAUUUUACGCUACAAGAAUUUUAUUCACCGUACCCAGUUGUUUCAACCACAAUUAUAUGUUUCAUUCAAAUAUGAGCAGGACUCUACGUGGAUGGAGGGAGGAUGAAGCAUAUUUGCAAAAUUUAGUUGAAGUUACUACACUUUCAUGAAUCCCUCUCUGUCGUCACUGCCAAAUUUGAAGCUUAGCCUAAGCAAACAAAACAACAGCUUAAUAAUUUUAGACACGUUUGCCUGACAAAUAACCUGAAGUCAGUGACAGCAGAAGUGUCACUGUUGACGCUGAGAUGAAGUUCAGUAGUGAUCUGAGGAGAAAUAAGCACUUCACAUUGUCACAUAUUUUUGGAAACCACCAGUUCGAGGUUGCCUCAACAGACUGAGAUAUGUUAUAUCUAGAAAAGUGUAGUAGUUACUGUGGUGGUUUUUCUGAUCUUUUCCAUUCGAAAUCUAUAUACAGUGUCAAAAUAUUUUUAAUUUAAGACAUGUUUUUGAUUACAAGUCGUCACAGCUAAGAGGUUAGAGGCGAACCCACCUGUUGCUCUCUUCUACCUGCUCUGGUGCUAUAUAAGAGCUGAGGCUGUACACACUGAAGCCCUUGCCUUAUGGUUUUAGCCGGUUCGUAAGUUAAUUUCAGUCGACCGAGUUCAAAACCAGACACGCCCUGAGAGCACACAGACCUGCGUCCAUAAUUACAGAAAGCACACACAGUAACAGCAUCACUCAACCUCACUGGAGGGAAUACAGACUGUACAGAGGGAAACGAUUACAUAGGAGCUGCAUCGGCGGAACUGCAAACUGACGUAGAGGCGGACGGGUUGCAGCUUUAGUUGCAGCCACUUUCUCAUUUUCAUUUAUAGAUUAAAAAAAAAAUACUCUUUACUGUGCCUGUGAUUGUGGUAAAAGCUAGCUUUGUGCUGUGUUUACCAGGUGUGUGUGUGUGUGUUGACUGGAAAAGGUACACAAAAGGGAGCGUCGGGGCUGUGAUAUAGGUAGUUGUUGCUUUUUCCUGUUGGGUGUGACAGUUUUUGAUUUUAAUUACCGGUAAUAAGAACAAAAUUUCCUGAUUGUCUGCUGUAUACUUUUGUUAGUAAAUGUUUUGUUAUCUAUUUUUGUAUCAAUAUCGAGGAAGAACUAAUGAUUAGACCAAACCAAACAUUUACCCACUCUGUGAGCCAUACUGUUCUGGUUUGCUGCUUAAUUAUCUUAAUUAUUUCAGUUCGCGUUUGGGAGAGUCAUUUACAGCUCGGGUCUUGUUAUUAUUAUGUUCCCAUCCUCUAAACCAGAAUGCGAAGGAGACCGGCAGAGCUCUUCUCAAACCAAUCUGUCAAGACUUUUCAGCUUUGAUGCUUACUAGCAGUGUAAAAACAGGAGCACAGUCUAUACAGCACAACUGUGAAACACAUCAUGUGAAAGAUCGCUCGGCAGUGAGCUCAUUUGUUCACGUACAUCUUCUAAUGUGAAUCCCAAAACUCCACGAUUCUCAUCAACCGGCAUCCUUUGAUUUGACAUAAGUAAAUGAGUUCAUAAAAUGUGGCAUUUGACAACCUGCAACAAAAAAAAAAAAGUGGGAGCGAUCUUGUUGAAUCAACAGAAGAUGUGUUGGGGAUAUUAAUAACCGUGAAGUGUGAUCUCUUGUCAGUGGGCGUCUAAUGGCAGCCACGCUCCCUAGUUAAAACAAUAUUAUUACCAGUUAAGAAAUUGGCAUCUUUGCUUCUCUCCCCCAAUUAUAAAAAUGUUCUUCACCAAAAAUAUACGAUAAUGAUGCUGGGAAGAGCUAGAGCCUGAAAACUUACUGGAAGUUUUAUGUUUUACUGCUGCUUCUCUUAAGGCCGUAUACAUCCUACUAUACAUACCACUCGGGGUUCAAAUGGACAUGCCCUCAAAUACGGAUGCAAAACGUCCCACAUUUAUUGAAUACUACAAAACUUAUAUUUUUGAACCAACGACAUUUAUUGAAAUGCUACUAAAUUUAUGGUUUUGAACUGCUUUAUAUAUCAACAUGACUAUGUGCGCUCUCAUGGUCUCAAGGUGUGAAACGUUAAAUUAAAAAAUAAAAUGUGUUUUAGAGCUGGAGUGAGUUUAAGAGCGAAUCCAGCAAAUUCAUAGAUAUUCCGUUAUUCAUCAAUUUUGUCCAGUAUUUAAAAAAACAGCAGCAGGUUAGAACUAAAAUUACACCAGAACUCCACCUGAUCCGGUUGUGUUAAACCUUCCAAAUUAAAAUCAAUGCAGAGGGUAUCUCAAAAGCAUAAGCUAUUUAAUUGCCCUGAAUAAUGUUUAAAUUUUCACAUAACUUCAUUUUCACUAUUUUUCAGCUGGUUAUAAAUUCCAAUUAUAAUGGCACUUCGUUGCUUCCGUACAAAACCACAGAAACCUGGCAGUUGACGCUCUAGUCGAAGGGAUUUGAAUCUUUCCCUAAUCUUUCACAAGAUGUGUUCCACUUAUAAGGUUUUUAAAACAGUAUAUUUAUGCUUUUGCAGUAUUGUUCCUUAUUCUUUCAUUUUCUUGACAAUCGUCUUGUUUAUAACGCUGGUUUUAAUCUGCAACCGAUUUCUCCUUUUAGUUCAGAAACUACCCAUGCCACAGGUGGCAUCGGUGCCUUACUGUUUUUCACUCGGCAACCUUGUGUCACAGUGUCUUAACGUACUUGUAAAUGUACUUUUUCUUCUGUACUUCAGACUGAGUUGGAUUUGUAAAUCGUCUCACAAACUGAUUUAAGGUAGGAAGAAUUUCUAUGUGAUGAUAUUAUUGUU